AUGGCUGGAGACCCAUUCCUAUCUGAUCCGUCGAAGAAGAGAAAAAGGCAGGCUAAGCCCUCCAGCGCAACCAAAAAGCAAAAGGCACAACCAAAAGACCGAGCUCCCGACAAUGAUGAAGAGAUCUCAAGCGACUCCGGUAUCGAGCCUGGCGACAGCUCGGAUGAAGGCGAGGUACCCGCUGAAAUCGAGGAAAGAGAGCUUGAUUCUGACGAGGAAUUUGCUUCAGAAACUGCCGCAGAGAAACGUAGAAGACUCGCUAAACAGUACCUUGAGAACUUGAAGGAGCAAGAGCUAGAAGGAGACGAGUACGACGCUCAGGAAUUGGACGAUGAUAUCUUGGCCAGAAGACUAAAAGAAGAUGCCGCCGAAGGUAAGGGCCAUGCUUACAAACACAUUGCAGAAAAAAUCGAAAAACAGCUUGAGGAUUGCGCCAGAAGCAAUACUCGAGUAGGGUCCAAGAAUCUCACGGGGGUGGCUGUGGCUUACCCUUUUGCAUACACAGUGUCCAAAGACAUGGAGCUCAUCAAAUGGAAUAUUGGUGGUAAGAAGCCCCUGAGAAUGAAACAUACAAAAGGUGGAGUCAAGUACUUUUCUAAAAAAGUUCACCACUGCGACCAGAUCAACUGUGUGGCCGUGUCUCCAGAUGGCAAGUACAUCGUCACCGGCGGCCACGAUGCCAGACUCAUAAUAUGGUCAUCCGAGAACCUUACAUGUUUGCGUGUUCUAGACACGCGAGCUGCUGUGAAUGCUAUUGCUUUUAGAAGAAACACCGACCAGUUGUUUGCAGCUUGUGCUGAUCUCAGAAUAAGAACAUUCUCCAUCGCCCAACAGGCCCAACUCGAAAUCCUAUACGGUCAUCAAGACAACAUCACCGAUAUCAGCGCAUUGGCCAGAGAAACUUGUGUUUCUGUAGGCUCAAGAGACAAAACGGCAAUGUUCUGGAAGAUUGCUGAGGAGCUGCGCUUGACGUUCAGAGGUGGUGACUCUUUGGACAAAAAGCGUAGGCGAAAAGACGGUGAGGAGGAGCGGCCAUCUAGCGAGCCAUUCCAUAUGGAAGGGUCGAUCGAGGUGUGCUCAAUGGUUGACGAAACUCAUUUUGUCACUGGCUCCGACAAUGGUAAUAUAGCAUUUUGGUCUUUGGGUAAGAAAAAAGCAUUAUUCACACAGCGACUCGGCCACGGACUCAUGCCGGAAAUAAAGCCGUUCCAAGCAAGUGGCGAGUCUUCAGAAAGCAUUGCUAAGAUUCAAGUGCCCGAAAGACAACCGUACUGGAUUACAGCUAUCCAUGCCGUCCCCUAUAGUGAUUUCUUUGUCACGGGCUCCUACAAUGGCGAGCUAAGGUUGUGGAAGAUCGAUAAAGAGAGAUUCAAAAAAUUUGAGCCCAUGGGGGUGAUUGGUGACAUCAAAGGAGUCGUGGUAGGCAUCGACAGCAUUGAAAGACUGCAGAACAAAGUUGUGACUCUUAUGGUGGCCUCAAGUAAGGAGCAUAAGUUUGGCAGAUGGUUGGGUAAGAUCGAGGGUGCUCGUAACAACUUAACGACGGUGACUUUUAAUGUUUAG